CCCUCCCGCGCCCCCUACAGGCCUGAGGUGACACUGUCUGGCCUCAUCCCGCCGGAGCGUGCACGCUCCGGCAGAGGAAGCGUGUACACUCUCGGGACUGGGAAAGUAAAGGUCUGAGGGCCAGAGCCGGUCCUGGGGCGGAGACCCGGAGCUGGGGGCGUGGUUCACUGCGGAGCGGGGCCUCGCGCGGGGGCGGGGGUGGGGCCAAUCCGCUGGGCCAGACGUGGCGCAGCAGCCGGGUGGUUCUCCUCCGGUUUGCGGGUCUUCUUCGUCCAGGUUCCAAUGCGCAUUCUGCUGCCUCCGCCGCCCCUGCUGCUGCUUCUGGCGGCACUGGCGGCCGCCGCCACCACCUUCCGGCCCGAUUGGAAUCGUCUGCACGGCCUGGCCCGAGCCCGAGUAGAGACCUGUGGGGGAUGACAGCUGAAUCGCCUGAAGGAGGCUGUGCUGUUCAACAUCAGCAAGUCCCACCUACCUCUGCCCACCGCUACUCACCUUGACACCGUCUUCAGCCACAACCUGGUAAUGAAACACCUCCCAGGGGCCGACCCAGAGCUUGUGCUGCUGGGCCACCGCUCAGAGGAGCUGGAGCGAAUCCCACUCAGCGAAAUGACCCGUGAGGAGAUCAACGCGCUGGUUCAGGAGCUCGGCUUCUACCGCAAGGCGGCGCCCGAUGAGCCUGUGCCCCUUGAGUACCUGCGGGCGCCCGCUAGGCCCGCGGAAGACGCUCCGGACCGUGCAGACCUGUAGGUCUGGAAGUGCGGGGGGGCCCCCCCUGCCUAAGCCCUGGGGACAGAAUGAAGCGCUCAGCGUCCCGGGAUCACCUCCCUCGCUAAGGGCCGAUGCCCCGUCCCCAGGCAGGCAGGGAUGGAGUUGGGGGUUCUUCUCAACUCCCCUUUAUUACCCUUCCCCCCGAGCUUCACUAAACUCCCUUACGUCUUAAAUGA